AUGGCUGCCUGCGUCCGUCCGACUCUCGAAGGCCUGGAGGUGUUCGGCGCUAUGGCCUCAGAAGUGACCGAGGCACAGCUCUCGAGCAUUUUCGAGUUCAAGGGGGAGCCAUUUCCCGAGCAGCAGAGUAUUGGGGCUGUGGCAGGUUUCGUCCGGCUAUUGUCUAACCAUUGCUCCAACUUGAAGGAAAUACUUGAGAGAGCAACCAGGCCGACUCGCAAUACGCGGCGUUCCGCCGCGGCGGCUUCGGCGACUGCUUGGCGGUGGCUCUGUCAGCCCCACAGCGGCUGCGAGCUCACCGGUGGGCCCGCUUUUACUUCCGCUCUUCAACCUGACUGCCAGACGGUCACGUUCGUGGACGCGACCAUCGCGGCCUAUGCUUCGCCGUGCUACACCGCGCGGGUGUCGGGCACGUGA